GAGUCUCGAAAGAGAAAGAGAGAGUUGUAUCGCUGCAUAGCUCAAUGAUGGCAAGGACGAAUCAAGCCAUCACUAUCUUCCUUCAUGUCUGCUUCUUUCUUCUGCUUCUACUCUCUGCAACAACUUCUCAUCCUCUUUGCUCAGAUUCAAAGACUCAAGUCAUCACCAACCAGACGCUUCAGUUCUGCGAUUCCUACUCAGGACGAACUUGCUGCAAUUCCAAAGAUGAUACUGAAUUGCAGAAUCGCUUCAACUCCAUGAACGUCUCUGACUCAACUUGUUCUUCCCUUCUCAAAUCCAUUCUCUGUGCUAGAUGUGACCAGUUCUCUGGACAAUUGCUUGGUGAUGAGACUUCUCCAAUUCCAAUUCUCUGCAACUCAACUUCUAAAGAUUUAUGCUCAAAGCUAUGGGAAUCAUGUCACAACAUCUCCAUUGUCUCUUCUCCCUUUAGUCCAACUCUACUAGGAGGUGCAGCUUCGCCUUCAACCUCCUCAAAUUCAUCGACAUUAACCGAUCUCUGGAAAUCCCAAACCGAAUUCUGUACCGCCUUUGGUGGACCAUCUAAAACCAGCAACAACAUAACCAAAUGCUUUAAUGGUAAACCGGUUAACCAAGACACUGGUACUGCGGAUGAUGUAAAGCCACCUGAAGGGAUUUGUCUUGAGAAGAUAGGAACCGGGUCUUACCUCAACAUGGUAGCUCAUCCUGAUGGCUCGAACCGGGCUUUCUUCUCUAACCAACCGGGUAAGAUCUGGUUAGGAACAAUACCGGAUCAAGACUCAGGUGUACCGAUGGAAAUCGACGAAUCAACUCCUUUUGUUGACAUAACCGAUCAAGUCAGUUUCGAUACACAGUUUGGUAUGAUGGGAAUGGCAUUUCAUCCUAAAUUCGCAGAGAACGGAAGGUUUUUCGCGUCUUUCAACUGCGAUAAAGUCAAGUCUCCUGGAUGCUCUGGUCGUUGUGCUUGCAACUCUGAUGUGAAUUGUGAUCCUUCUAAGCUUCCUAAAGACGAUGGUGCGCAGCCUUGUCGUUAUCAGACCGUCGUGGCUGAAUAUACCGCGAAUGGUACUUCUUCGAGCCCUUCAACGGCAAAGACUGGCAAGGCAUCUGAAGUGAGGAGGAUUUUCACAAUGGGACUUCCUUAUUCGUCAUCUCACGGUGGUCAGAUUCUCUUUGGGCCUGACGGGUAUUUGUAUCUCAUGACUGGUGACGGAGGAGGAGUUUCUGAUACUCACAACUUUGCACAGAACAAGAAGUCUUUGCUUGGCAAAAUCUUGAGGCUUGAUGUCGAUGUUAUGCCAAGUGUAUCUGAAAUCUCUAAGCUUGGUUUAUGGGGAAACUACUCCAUCCCAAAGAGCAAUCCUUUUCAAGGCAAUGAAGAUCAACAGCCUGAGAUUUGGGCUUUAGGGCUUCGAAAUCCAUGGCGUUGCAGCUUCGAUUCCGAGAGGCCAGAUUACUUCUUGUGCGCAGAUAUUGGAAAGGAUACAUAUGAAGAAGUUGAUAUCAUAACAAUGGGUGGAAACUAUGGCUGGAGAAUCUACGAAGGACCUUAUGUUUUCUCUCCUUUAUCUCCUUUUGGAGAGAAUGUUUCUGCGGUUUCAAACCUGACUUUCCCCAUUCUCGGCUACAACCACUCUGAAGUUAACAAACAUGAAGGAUCUGCUUCCAUCAUUGGAGGUUACUUCUAUCGAUCCCAAACUGAUCCUUGCUCUUAUGGCACGUAUUUGUAUGCAGAUCUUUAUGCAAACGCAAUGUGGGCAGCUAUAGAAUCACCAGAAGAUAGCGGAAACUUCACGGACUCUCAAAUACCGUUUAAAUGCAGCGAAGGUUCGCCGAUGAAGUGCACGGCUGCUCCGGGAGGAGCUGGCUCAGGACCUGCACUUGGUUACAUCUACUCUCUCGGACAAGACAAUAACAAAGACGUACAUUUGCUCACGAGCUCUGGUGUGUACCGAAUUGUUCGUCCUAGUCGCUGUAACUUUGCUUGCUCCAAGGAAAACACCACUGCGUCUACCGGAAAACAGAGCCCUCCUGGUGCUGCUGCUCCUCCUCCUCAGCCUUUACCUUCUUCUGCAAGAGAGCUCUGUUUCUCUGUCUUUAUUUCAUUGUUGUUGUUGUUGUUGUUGUCGUCGAUGUUUUAACGGUCUUAGAAUGCUGAUUUGUUAUUGCUUCAAACUCUGUUUUGUAACAGUUCUUUUGGAUGUUUUUCAAAAACUAUUUCAUGUUGCUUAUACUAGAAGGAAGAAAGCACAUAAUUAGAUGUUGCUGAUUUGUUA